AUGGAGGAUGCAGAAGUGUCACAAGAAUGGACCCCAUCAAAGUUGCUACGCUGUGACACGAAGACACAUGACGCGCGGCCUGAACUUGGCAAAACAACUGCCUGGCAUCCUGCACAGACCAAAGUAGUCAAGCGAAGCAUCCGAAGGGCCUACAAGCGAUCCCUCCAAACUGGAGUUGCAUGGUACAAAGGUCAAUGCCUUGUGCCAAUGGACUUUCCCAAAUCACUUCGGGAUCGUUACACUCCCCCAAGUAAUCCUGCCUUCAAUAAGCCUUCCAUCCCCUUGAUGCGCUGUAAUCAUGAUCACCAAGACUCCAAACGUUUUCGAUUCAUGCAGUGGAAUGCAGGAGGACUCUCCAUCCACAAGUUGGAUGCCAUACGCAUUUGGAUGUUGAAUCAACAGAUUGAGGCAGCUACAGUGGUCGAGACCAGAUGGACAUAUGAAAAUGAAUGGAGUGACAGUAAUUUUCAUUACAUCCACACUGGAGAUCCAACACAACGAGGUGCUGGCGUGCUCUGUAUCCUGGCAAAGACCUUCUGCAACACGGAAGCCAUCCGUUGGAGGGUCGACUUGCCGGGACGACUUCUCCACAUCCAAGUAGCUCAAGCCCAACGGAAGGUGGACAUUGUUGGAUGCUAUCAGCAUACACAGGCCUCCACGACCCAGAGGCAACACGAGCGUCAAAAAUGGUGGAAUCAUUUAGAUGCGCUUUUGCAUGCCUUAUCAGUGAGGAACAUACUGGUCUUGACUGGAGACUUCAACUGCGCACUCCCAACUGCAGCAACUCAUGGAGGCCCCAACCAAUACAAGUGGAAAGGCCAGAUGACAGUUGGCGCACAGCACCAGGAUGCUGGCCAAUUCAUGGCUAUCUUGCGUUUGCAUGGUUUGACAGCUUUAAAUUCUUGGCACCCUGACCUAGGCCCAACAUAUGUGAGUGCUGACCACCACUCAAGAAUUGAUUUUGUCAUCACCCGGAAACAUGUUGCAGACGGAAUAUCGAAACGUGCGGCAUACACGUGGGAUGCACCCUUCUGCAGCUCUUUCCAACAGGGCCAUGCACCGAUCCUAGUGCAACUUCGUAAGCAAUGGUACAUGCCAAAAGCAUCCAUGGCAGGAAUCACACCUGCUCAGCGACGCCUUGGCCAUAAUGCUUUUUUGAUGCAUACAGAUCAAUGGAAUGCCUUCACAGCUGCUGCAGAGAUGGCGCUGCAAGACACCAUGCAAGAUGCUCGAAUCUCAGAUGAACAGUACAUUCCUGCACUACAUGCCACUGCCAUCAGAUGUAUGCCCUUCACCAUGCAAGAGCUCCAGCAGGAACUGAGCCGCAUACCGGCUACAAAAGCCGUUGCACGGCCCUGUGCUCCUGGCACAGUGUGGAAGGCAUUAGAACCUGUCAGUAAAUGUUUGGUAGGCCUGUUGACCCGCCAAGCCCAACGUGAUGCCUUGCCAAAGCUGACCCAGAUGCCUCUCUGGGCCUAUUUGCCGGGCCGUUCCACACAGGAUGCACUCAUGAGAUGCAUGAAUGUUUACGCUGACGAUUGCCAAAUGGGAGAUUUGUUUGAAUCCCAAACUGAACUCCAACAACUCAUUUGUAAUAUCCAAAAGACCUUGCAGCUACUGACCAAGUUUGGCCUGACAAUCAAUCCAGCCAAGUGCACAGCCUUGCUCACCAUGGGCGGCACAGCCCACAGACGUGCGCGCCAGCGCAUCACGACCUGGAAAGAUGGGAAAGAAUGGCUCUGCCUUGGCACCACAGAUGCACCACUUUGGAUUCCAAUUGCACGCAAUGCCAAAUACCUUGGAACCAUCAUUUCAUAUCAGAAAUCAGAGGAUGCCACGGUUCAUCACAGAAUCCAGCUUGCCCGUGUUGCAUUUGGCCGACUGCAGCGAUGGCUGACAGGCAAACGAGGCCCUGCUCACCUGAUCCUUGACCCAGACUUGGACAUUGCAGGCACAACCAAUCCGACACAGCAGCACAACAUGUUUGCGCCCAAACAAGAUGCACCCAUCAGAGGACGGCAAAUGCUGACACAAGCUGACCUUCAGAACGUUGCAAGCCAGGAGUGGGGACCCAGGGUGCUCACCAUUGUGGGCAAUCGCCAUUGGCAUCACAUGAAGAAGGAGACCGAUGCUUGCCAGUAUCUUGCCACCCGAUGUUGCAUUUGCGAUCAGUACCUGGGACGCACACAGGAAUUGCACAGACACUACAAGCUGCAUCACCCUGAAUACUGGACACAUGUACAGACAAAGGGACACCAGCUCACGAAUUUGUAUGGCGAGGACCCACCUUGCCCAUAUUGCGGUGAGCUCUUCAAGGCCAACCAUCAAUGCACAGUAUGGCUUCAACUAGCCAUGUUACUGGUAUACGGAGGAGGUGCCACCAGUGAUUUGCCAUCCCAAGCUAUGCCAGUCACACGCAGAUGUGAAAUCUGUGAUGACACCUUUGCCACUGAUGAAGCCUUGCAUGAACAUCUCAUACAGACGCACCGGUUGAAGAGCAGCAGCUACAACCCGGCCAGAGACUCUCUGGCUGGGGAACCGGUGUGCAAUCACUGCAAUACCAUGUACGACUGCAUGGAGUCCUUGCGCUCCCACAUCAACCAAGGCAGAUGUCUCAAAUUCAACCCACAACUGCCGACAGAAGUUGUGGAUGUCUUGCCACAAUGGGUUGAUGCAAUGUGUCAUGGCAAAUUGGCAACCAUUCUCAGAGAUCCCCAUGUGCGUCUUCAACUGACACUGAGAUGCCAAAACUGCAGAAGCCACUACCAGCGUGCAUCCGACCUCUCAGGCCACUUACAGGCUGCCCAUGCUCAGCUAUGGUCUGAAUCUCAAGUCCUGACGCAGGUGAUGGUAUCAAUCCUGUAUGAUGCCACGGGGUGUCUGUGCAACCCAGGUGUGAACCUCAACCGCACCAACCAUGUGUGCUUGCCGCUGCGCCAGCUUUCAAUGCAACAUAUGCGCAUGACAGGCCAGAUUCUUUUCCCACAUCAGCCGACAGAUGAAGAGCUUGCAGAGAUUUUUUCAAUGAACUUGGACAGACAGCACAGAUUUCACCUUGAAGAGACCCUCACAGAUGGAACCAUUUCUGAUCUGUGGACUUCAUCCAUCAUCAGGCACAUCAGUGUGGACAGCCCAUUGUGCAGUUUCUCAAAAGCCAACUCAUUUCCAAGUUUGUUGAUUGCAAUGCAGAUGAUUUCAAAUGCACGGCUUGUGGACAAGUUUACAACAGCCCCUGUUCUGAUGCAACUGAGCUGGACGAUGCCACCCGACACACUGCAACUCAAGCGCACUUCCGUGCACAGUGUCCCUGUGUGCUCCAGUGUGCCAUCAUCCUUGGAAAAGCAGCACAUGGCCGACAUGGAAAUGCCAGAACCCGCAGAGGCGAAUCAGCAAGUCUGGGCAGCAUUCCAGGCAAUUCAGCCGCUGAUCGACCAGACGCUGAAGCUGGAACAGAACAGCGCUGCGCCCAAGCGGCCAAGAAAAGGAGAACAGCAUACCCAACCAGACGGCCGGGCCAAGCAGCAGCCAGCCAAGGACAAGGUCGAUCUGGCACACGCCCUGACGUUGCUGGCCAAACUGACCCUCAGAUUGGACAAGGAUCUUCAGCAGCUGAAAGCCGAGGACACCUUCCUCUUCUUUUUUGGGCACAACGGUCCAAACAGCAGCCUCCAGUGCCUCAUGACAGCAACGGAGACGUGGGUGAAGAACUACCAGGCCUCAACGAAGCAGCAGCCAGUGCAGCCACUACGACAGCACUUGGUUCAGGUGCUCUUCAACACACUGCUGACCAGAAUCACGCAGUUGGGCGAGACGAAGUCGGGAUCCGAGAUUCAACAAGCAGCCAUACGCAGCCUGAUCCUUCUCCCGGAUGGCACAUGCCCCUUCCUGGAAUGGGACCAAGUGCAGAAAGAACUGAAGGUCAGCCAGAAGAAGCCUCUGACCUUGAAACACUUGCAUCAGCUCUGCACGGACAUGAUCGAGCACCUGGCGGAUGUGAACCUGGUGGUCAAUUUCCAUGCACUACCCUCCAACAACAAGGAGACCACAGCCUGGAAACUACAGGUGAGCCUGAGGGCAGAUCAGCCGUGGCAGAUACUCCAAACCCUGACCCAUUCAGGGGUGUGGCUGCUCAUGGGGACCUCGAUGAAGGCACACGGACAGAGACAGAGCCCUCUUGCCCAGAACCUACAGCAGGCCUUGGGAAUGACGAAACCAUCCAAGGGCAAAGGCAAAGGCAAGACCAAGAUGCUGCCCAAGCAGGAAUGA